AGGCGUUCAGCAGCUCCCUGGAAGUGAAAAGGUCCUCAACUCAACAUGGCUUCGAAAGGACAGGCCGUGAGUUUAACCGAAGACGCAAUUUGUCCCAUCUGCCUGGAUUUCUUCAUCGAUCCGGUUAUACUGGAGUGUGGACACAACUUCUGCCGCUCCUGCAUCACACAGUUUUGGGAAAGAGAGGAGAGAAACCCCUGCCCGGAAUGUAGAGAGGAGAUUGCAGACCGCACCCUCAGGGUCAAUCGGGCCUUGGCAAAUCUGUCUGAAAAAGCUCGACAACUAAACUUGAAUCCCAAAGGGAAGGAAAGUAAACUUCACUGCGAGGAACACGAGGAAGAGCUGAAGCUGUUUUGUGAGACGGACAUGACACAGAUCUGCCUGAUCUGUAGAGAUGCGCGGGAACACAAGUCUCACAACUUCAUGCCGGUUAACGAAGCCGUUGAAAUCUACAAGGGUCGGGUUAAAUCUUCCUUAGACUCUCUCACUAAAAAGAAAAAGGACUUCGAGGAAAUGGAGCAACAACAGAAAGAGAAGAUUUCUGGAGUUCGGGAACAGUCACACAGCCUUCAGUCACAGAUCACAUCUCAGUUUGCUGAACUGCGCCGGGUUCUCACUGAGAAAGAGCAGCAUGUACUCCGAAAUGUCAGGGAAGAAGAGGAGAGAAUUCUGAAUACAAUGGGAAAAAAUCUUCGAAAGAUUCAAGAAAAUUUAAAUUCUAUCCGGGAGGAAAUCUCAAUGUUACAGGAACAUAUGGAUCAACAAGAAAAUAUCACAUUCCUCAUGGACGAAGCUCGUUGGAAAAGGAGGAUUAGUGAUGAAGAACAGACAUUGUCAGUGACAGAUGAUGCCCUGCUGGUUGAAAAAUUCUAUCGCCCCUAUUUGUUUGACAUAACAUUGGGAGAAGCAUUGGACAGCAUUAAGCGAGUCUCUGUCACCCUGGAUGUGGAAACGGCGAGUCCGUGGCUCAAUGUGACUGAGGAUCGGAAGAGUGUGAGAAGGACCAGGAGGCCAAAGAAGCUCCCUGACACCUGGAAGAGGUUCAGAAACUGGGAAUGUGUGCUUGGGUCGGAGGGAUUCACAUCGGGGAGACAUUACUGGGAGGUGGAGGUGACGGGGAAUCGGUACUGGAAUCUGGGAGUCGUCGCAGAGUCUGUGGAGAGGAAGGAACGGGUUGGAGAGAGUCCAGAGACCGGAUCCUGGGUCAUGGGGCGGAGUGAUGACGAGGUGUUGGUUCACGACUCCCCUAAAUCCCGUCUCCUUGCUGGUCCCAUCCCCGGGAGGGUGGGAGUUUAUCUCAGUUACGAGUCCGGGACAGUUUCAUUUUACAACGCGGAGACCAAGUCCCAUCUCCACACCUUCACUGGGAGUAAUUUCAUGGAGAUACUUUAUCCUUUCUUCCACACUGGAUAUAAAAACGAGUGGCUGACAGUCUGCUCCAGUUCCGCUCCAGGUCUGUAAACGGGCCGGGUCCGGGACCGGAGUCAGGAGUAAUUCAGUGUAAAUAUAAAUGUGCGGAGAGUGAAAUAAACACGAUAUGAGAA